AUGCCCCGGUCUGACACCGGUGAUUCUGAGGGGGGUUCCUCCAGUCCGGGUCUUACCCCUAGAGAAAGCAGAAACUUGGCUGUGAGAAAUAGGGGAGCAGACGGAGACCUGUCCGGAUCAAAGAGGAAACGAGCCGAUACAUCUACGGGAGCUGGCCCCUCGAACAGGCGGCGAACCAUCGAGCCCGAUAAUGAAGAUGGCGACGAUGAUUCCGAUGCCUACGAUCCCGAUCAAUCAGUGGAGGAGCGGCGCGACAUUCAGCGAGGUCUGCGGGAGCUAGGUCGAGAUCUUGUGGACAAUGCCGACGAUUAUCUGAAGAGCGAGUCAACUGGCAUUCGCGAUCUCAUUGUAUCCGCCAAUACGAUCAACAAGAAUAUUAAACAAACCACCGAGGCCGUCAUAGACUCCCGUCUCUUGGUUACGGCGGCGGACAUGUCAUACAAGAAGACUGUUCGGAUAACUCAGGGAAAUACCGCCGACGGCAUCGAUGUGGACGAAUUCGUGUCCCAAUGCAUCACAUACAUGCGCCAGGGAGCGAACGAUCAUGGCGACAAUGCCCCAGAGCUCUCGAGUACCCAACAGCAGCGCAGAAGGCGUAUCGCCAGAGGACAAGAAGGCUCUGACGGUGAAGACGAGGACGGCGACAUGUUAAAUUGGGCUUACUUUGGCCAGUUCGCCUGUCUGCCAAGUAUUGGUCGCCCAGCUGUUCAGGGUCAUCUCCUAGGCCCGCUAUCUGUGGAGAAAAAAGCGCGGAAAAUUACGAAGCGGAGUGCGCCUUUCAGAAUCAACCAGCUCGCGGAAACGAGGCCUGAAGUUAUAAACGCCGAGGAGUUGACCAAACAGGACAAUGACCUGGCCGUCAUCUGCGGGAAGGUGCUCCAGCGGCUCCAGCGCAUCCAGACAAAACUGCAAGAGGAAGUAUACGACUUGAUCACGGAAGACAUGGAAAUUGAGGAGCAGAUCCGGCUGAUGCAUCAACUUGGCCUAAGAAGUACUGGAGGUGUUGACUUUAUGCGCUUCGUCAUAAACCCCAAAUCGUUUGGACAGUCUAUCGAGAAUAUGUUCUACGUCAGUUUUCUUAUCAAGGAUAACAAGGUGCGCAUCGAGCUAGAUGACGACGGCCUUCCAUCUGUCGCCCCCGUUACUGCCGAAAUGGAGGAAGAAACUAGUCGGCACCAAACGAAGCAUCAAGCUGUCUUUAGCCUAGACAUGGCAACCUGGCGAGACAUCAUCAAGACGCUCGACAUCAAAGAGCCCAUGAUUCCGCACAGACGUGAAGAAGCCCAAGGCGGACCCGGUGCCAGAGGCUGGUAUUCAUGA